GAGAUGGAUAAACUGACCAUCAUCUCAGGAUGUCUCUUUCUGGCCGCCGAUAUCUUCGCCAUCGCCAGCAUCGCCAACCCCGACUGGAUCAACACCGGGGAGUCGGCGGGAGCACUCACUGUGGGGCUAGUGCGACAGUGUCAAACAAUCCAUGGACGAGACCGGACGUGCAUCCCUCCUCGGCUGCCCCCAGAGUGGGUCACCACACUGUUUUUUAUCAUCAUGGGAAUCAUUUCAUUGACUGUCACAUGUGGUUUGCUGGUGGCUUCCCACUGGCGAAGAGAAGCUACAAAAUAUGCUCGAUGGAUAGCAUUCACUGGAAUGAUCCUUUUCUGUAUGGCUGCCCUAAUAUUUCCAAUAGGAUUUUACAUCAAUGAAGUCGGAGGUCAACCUUAUAAAUUACCCAACAACACAGUAGUUGGGUCAUCAUAUGUACUUUUUGUCUUAUCAAUUUUCUUUACAAUAGUAGGACUUCUAUUUGCUGGCAAAGUUUGUUUACCAGGCUGAUGAAUGUCUAAACUGCUUGAUUCUAUUAUUUUUUAUUUUAUUUUAUUUUUUAUUUUUAUUUUUAGAGGGUGGGAGGACAAAGACAAGGCAUCUGAGCUGUCCUCUCAUAGGAAAAUGCUUAGGUGAAACUGAUGCUAAAAAGGAAAAAAUGCUUUGAUUUGUUCUCACUAUGCACUUUGGAUUAAAAAAAAAAAAUCGAGAGCCUUUCCAUAACCAAAUACAGACAAUAA